AGGAAGCGGAAGUGGUUCUGCCCUGAAACGAGACGCUGCGAGAGACGGAGGACGGAGAGGCUGACCGAGCAGAGAGAGAGAGAGAGAGAGAGAAAGAAACAUACAUAUAAUAUAAACAAAGACAAGGAAAGAAAGAAAAGCAGAGCAGGACUUAACGUCUCGACACUUUUAGAAAAUGGAUAAGAACGACCUGGUACAGAAGGCCAAGCUCGCAGAGCAGGCUGAGCGCUACGAUGACAUGGCUGCGGCCAUGAAGUCGGUGACGGAGCAAGGUGCGGAGCUGUCAAACGAGGAACGCAACCUUCUCUCCGUUGCCUACAAGAAUGUGGUGGGAGCACGCCGCUCGUCCUGGCGAGUCAUCUCCAGCAUCGAGCAGAAGACCGAGGGCAAUGACAAAAAGCAGCAGAUGGCACGUGAAUACCGGGAGAAGAUUGAAGCUGAGCUGCAGGAAAUCUGCCAUGAUGUGCUCGGGCUACUGGACAACUUCCUCAUUAGCAAUGCAACUGCUGCUGAGAGCAAGGUGUUCUAUCUGAAAAUGAAAGGCGACUAUUAUAGAUACCUGUCUGAGGUUGCAUCUGGGGAUACUAAGAAGGAUACAGUGGACAAUUCCCAGAAGGCGUACCAGCAAGCUUUUGACAUCAGCAAGGGCGACAUGCAGCCAACACACCCUAUCCGGCUUGGCCUGGCCCUCAACUUCUCAGUCUUCUACUAUGAAAUCCUCAACAACCCGGACCAGGCUUGCGCUCUGGCUAAGGGGGCAUUUGAUGACGCCAUCGCUGAACUUGACACUUUGAACGAGGAUUCUUACAAAGACAGCACCCUGAUCAUGCAACUACUAAGGGACAACCUGACCCUGUGGACAUCAGAAAACCAGGCAGAUGAGGGAGAGACCGGAGACGGGGAAAACUAAUGGAAUUGCACUGUUAAUCCACCUACACUCUUAUCUUAAACACAGACAGCUUAUAUACAUCCCCCUCCACUCCAUCAGCUCCUCCCACUUCUGUAUGACAAGCAGCCUGAAUUGCUCCUGACCAACUAGUUUACCCCUCUCAGUUAACUGUGAGGCGACAGGGUAAUUUUCAGUUAGCAGAUUCAGUCACUUUGUGGAAACAUGUUGUAUUGAUUAGUGAGUCCAUGUUGCUGUUGUUUUUGUUGGCGUUGUAUGUGUGUGUGUUCGUAUGUAGUGAGAGAGCAAGUUUGAAAGGAUGUGACAGAUUGUGUGUGUGUGUGUGCGUGGGCGUGUGCGUGGUCGGGGUGGGAGGGGGGGUUGUUGUGAAUUCUAAUCGUCCUUCCAAAUCCCUUUGUCCCAGCUAGUUUGUUGUGCUUUUAUUUUUUUUUGUUACUUUCUUAUUUGUGAUUCCUCAUGAUAUUUACAGGUUUUAUUGUAUGGUGAAUAUACUGGCAGUUGAUUUCCACCAAACACUGUGAUGGUAGGCGUUCCAUUUGCUUCACAACCCCCAAAACAUUUUUUUAUUUUGUGUUUGAAUUUCCAGGCACACGUACAAUCCUGUAUUAACAACCAACUGCAAUUCUGCUGUGGGCUCAUACAGAAAAGGAGGCAGACUGUAUUGUGACACUGACAUCUUGGUGUAAUGCUCCUUGAUCAUGUUCACAAAUUCACAGUUUCAAAGUUUUAAGGGACCCCUUAAAUUGUCAUGUUAGAUUUGUUCAGACAUUCCACAUUAUUAGGCUUCUCGGAAAGGCAGUGCUCCGUUUUUAUUAUUUUAUUUUAUUUUAUUUUUUAACUUAGUAUGGAUUGUCAUUGUAGUUUUACUCACUGUUCAGGUGCUGCUUGAUCUCAGUACAAUGAAAAUUGUAUGUGCGUAAAUGUGGUUCCAUGUAUUUUGCAAGAUUGACUAUCAUCUGUAUGUAAAACCUAAAAAGUAACCUUUUAUUGAUGUUAAUUGAAAAUGUCUUACCACACUGUAUCAACCCUGCUUGCAAAAUAUUCCUCUUAAAGCGGUUGUUUUCUCCAACAAAAAAAAAAAAAAAAAAAAAAAAAAAAAAAAAAUCUGUGCCUGGCUUUCUCUCGCAGCCUCUGUGGCAGCAUCUGCUUGUUGUUUUUUUAGAAAUCUCAAAGGGAAAGAGUAAGACCAGACAAACUUAAAUAGCUAAAUCUUGACGUCAGUUUCCACCGGGUGCAUCUCUGCUGUGAAGGAUUAGCUGGUGUGAACGAUCGCCUCGCAAAAUCAGGUCUAUUUUGAAGGUGCAAUUUUGGGAAAAAUCCAAGUCAUCCCUUUUGGAAAGAAGCUCAGUGUCACAAUACCAUUUAUCACCACUACAUUCCACAUAUUGUAGUUGAAGACACCAUUCCACAUUUUAGCUGACAGUCUGUUUACUCUGACAAUGCUCCAAUGAAUUGAAAUUAUCUUCUGUUGAGAAAAAAAAACAAAAAAACAUGUCAGUUUAUUAUUAUGCUUGAUGAAAAUGCAGUUAGUGAAUGUGGAACGAAGCCUGUCUGUAUAUCAGGUAUCUACUUGCUUUGUUUUUACUGACAAGUCUUAUGGCUAAAAAAUUUGCUUCUGUAACAGUCUAUUUACCCAGUGCACACACGUGGUUGUGAAAAUUUUAGAAUAGCUCUUUAAAAAAAGCAAAAAAAAAAGCAAUGACGAAAUGGAGAUAAAACAAUGGUUGGUGUAAUUCUAGCUUUGUGUUUAUGUAUCUUAAAACCAUUCUAGUUUCACUAUACAUGUAAGAAAUAGGAAAGUGUCAAAGACCAUUCAGUGAAAUAAAGUUUCGUUUAAGAUAA